ACAAGAUUUUUUUUUUUUCUAUUCCACUGAUCAUUGACCAUUUAUAACUUAUCAAUGAAUUGGUCUUUACGAUCUCCGCCGCUAUCCUUGAUACUGCAAAUGUAAUCGGCAUAGCAUAUAAUUAUGCUUCGUUAUGCAGGUUUUUUUUUCUCUCAUCCUCCUGUUGACGUUAUGAUGAUAAUUGUUAUCACAAUUCUUGGGGAAGGCUUAGGGGAAUGAAUAUCCCGAAAAAUUCCUUGACAAAAAUAAUGCUGGAAUUAUUUAUUUCUGUACCAUACGGGAUGGUGAAUCAAGGGGACGAAUCCAGAUAUUUUGAAUCCUGCUCGGAGAUUUUAUCAAUCAACGGUGAAAUUGGCUUUGUGCAACAAAAUAGAUAGCGGUUGUAUAAUAGCGAAUCUUAGGUAUUUCUUCUCAGGUUCUCGUUCAGAAUUUCAUCUAAUUUCGAGAGAAAAUUUAAUGCUUUUCUACCUAGAAGGACUAAAAUUCAACUAUUGAUAUAGAUGAAUAAAUGUAAAAGGAUCUGGGCGCGUUUGAUGCAGCUGAGGUGAACAAAUAGGAGUUUUAUUACUAUACUGUGUUACCAGAUAAGGUUGAAAUUCAUAGCGUUAGCACAAGGCGUGAAAAAAGUAUCCAGUCAGACUCGUUUGUCAGUAAAUUGGAAUAUUUUAUCAAGUAUAUACUUUAUUGCGUAAUCCCGAAGAAUCGCUGCAAUCAGAUCUUAUCAAACACUGCAUAUGGUGUGCGUGAAACCUUAUCCUUUCCUAACUUUAUCCUUUACUCUAUAAGGACCUUCGCAGCUCGUAACUUGAGAUUUGUGGAUUCUGCAAUCGUAGAUUUAUUAUCAAACUAUCGCGACUCUGUAACUAUAUUCUCUGGAAUGAUAUCUUUGGACUUUGAACAUUUCAGCUAAUACAAGAACUAUGGUGAUCGAUGUUUCGGGGUGUAAUAAAAUCUCAAGCUGCGAAGAGGAAACGAUUCAUUCGCAUAUCCGACAAAUACAACGUCGAUAUUAUUCUUAAUCAUAUGUUUCCUUUGAUUUUACUCUUUCACCCAUUUUCCGUUGAUCCCAUGUUGCUGCUUUUUCGGGGACGAUUUUGGAAACGAUGUCUAGUGGUGGGACUGCCAUUACCCCAGGGCGGCGGAGCUGCGGGUGCUCACGGGCAGCCGCAGGCCGGUUCACCGAGCACUCCUGGCCCCGGGGGUCCCGGAACUCCAGGGGGACCCGGCACCGGAGGAGGAGUUGCUGGUGCUCCGGGGCCCAUCCGCCGGGGCAGAGGCUGGCGGGACUGGCGCCGCGGCGACCCAACGCUCUUCAAAGGUCUCUGGGCUUCCGGAGAGCCCAAAGGUCCCCUAGCCUCAUUAGGAAACGCCGAAGUCUACAUUGUCUUGGCUCUGUUGAUCGGUUUCGUAACCGUGGUCAUCGGAUGUUGGCUAUCGGACAAUUGUUGGUCACCUGAACCAGAAGGAGUUGUGACCCUAGCAUAGCCAAGUGCCGACUUCCGGGCCUCCAGACGAUAACAACGAGCACCCCGCCCCUUGCACGCCAUUCUCCAAAAUUUGAAUCACCUUAAUCAGCAGGCUGCAAUGAACCAACAGCCAUUGCUUGACGUUAACGACAAUGAUACUUUCCUCAGAAUUUACUGAUCAUAAAUUCAACGAUGUAUCAUCGAUACAUUUGUGAUCAUUUUCACUUUUCCACAAAAGUACGUAUAUAUAGUAUAUAAUGAACCUUAUACUACACACGCAUACAAUUAUCUUUUGCACACUUAUAAAAUUCAUCUAAUAUUCACCUGCAGGUUUUAGUCGCUUAUAUAUUAUGCAUUCUGUCCGCCGAGUGAAAACUUUGACCUUUCUCUGACUUUCGCCCUUUAUAUGAAUUAUAUUUUAAGUAUAUUUUAGCCCCCGAGGGUUGAGGCAAGAAAACUUUGCUCGCAAAAUGACAAGUCUCGUAAUCAUGUAUGAACUUAAAUAUUUCCAGGUCCAAAAUCCAACCGCAUAUAAUUCGUAUAAUGUAAUUUUAAUCGUCCACGUCUCCGCGGAUCCUACAAAUUAAAAAUUGAGGACCCAUUGACGGGAUUAUGGAUUACGCAGGUCUGAUGAUACAGGUAAAAAAAAUAAAAAAUAACCGAUCAUUAUUAUUUUCAUCAUCACUGCAAUGCGAUGCAAAGUUCGAAUUUCACAUAACUUUUUCAACGGCGAGGAUGUAGAUAUUAUUUAGGAUUCGGAGAGUAAUAUAACGAAUGACAGUAAGUAAAAUGGUAUUCUAUAUUAUAGAUACCCAUAUAACAACUUAUACAACGACAAUUAUAGCUUUAAAAACAAGAAGCGAAUUUAUAAAAUAUUAAUGAAAGUUAUUCGCAGAUAUAAUUCCGCUUUUUAAUAAUCAAAAAAUUAGCUCUUCAUUUUGUUCGUAUGAUUUCAUUUUUUACAACAUUGCUAUGAAAUGCAAAUGAGGGAUUGCGCAUCUAUAAGUCUUCUUCGGCAAAUUACAAUGCUUGAAUAAUUAUGUGGGUUCACAUCAUCGCAUAUUAUAAUUGCAUUGAUAUACAAUUUGAGAAAUCAAUGUAUCUAUCAUUUCUCUCUCGAAUUUCACAUUUUCGGGAAAAAAGUGCUACGCAACAUUUCAAUCGUAAAUAUUCAAACACAACUGCUGCCGCGAUUACUACUAUUUUGAAUGAAAUUUUUAAUUUUUCGCUCGCUUUAACACAUAAAUAUUUAUAUAACGUAACUUUUUGAAAAAAAAAAAAACAAUGCAAAAAGAUGAAAAGAGAA